GAGCCGCCUCCGCCGGUCCACUCCAACGGCCAUCGCGGUGGCCAGGCCGGCCACACAAUGCUGUCUCUCUUGCUGUUCCUCGCAGGCCUGGGCCAGCUGACCUCCGCAGACCAGAGGUCUGAAACACCACUUCUGCAAAUCACAGUGCCACGGAGGGCAGACGCAAACACCAGUGAUGUCAGUGAUCCAGAAUCUCAUAUUACUUAUUUGAUCAAUAUUCAAGGGAAAACCUACACUCUUCUCCUUCAAAAACAGUCAUUUUUGCACCCACGUUUUAUGGUGUAUUCAUACAGCAAAUUAGGAACAUUGCAUCCAGAUCCUUCAUCUGUAAAGGGUCAUUGCUUUUAUCUAGGAUCUGCCGCGGAGAUUCCCCAAUCCGCCGUGACACUAAACACCUGCCGUGGCCUCAGGGGCUUAUUACAGUUAAACGACAUCAGUUACAGAAUUGAACCACUGGAAUCGUCAGCCACAUAUGAGCAUGUGCUGUAUCAAUCUGUUAAUAACAAAGUUGGUUAUUCCUUCUUACCAGAAAAUUACCCUACCACCCAAAAUGUAAAUCAGGCCUAUAAGAUUCUUGUGAAAUCAGAGAAAAAUUCAGACAUUACACUAGUGAAUAGAACUAUGAAAAUACAAGUCAUUAUGGAUAAAGCCAUGUUUGAUUUUAUGGGUUCUGAAGUGGCAGGAGCAGCUGAGAAAGUUGUCCACAUCUUUGCUCUUGUCAACACUAUGUUUUCCCAGCUUAAAAUGACUGUUAUGCUAUCAUCUUUGGAGCUCUGGUCAGAUCAAAAUAAAAUUUCAACAGAUGGUGAGGCUGAUGAUGUGCUACAAAGAUUUUUGUUAUGGACACAGAAAUUUGCAUUACAAAGGUCUCGUGAUCUGACAUACUUACUAAUGUAUAGGGACCAUCCUCGAUACAUGGGUGCAAGCUAUCGUGGAAAGGCAUGCGAUCCAAAGUUUGCUGCAGGAAUUGCUCUGUAUACAAAGACGAUGACUUUAGAGGCAUUUUCCGUUGUUAUGACACAGAUACUUGGAAUUAGUCUGGGACUGACUUACAAAGAUAGCUACAACUGUUACUGUCUGGGACCCACAUGUAUAAUGAAUCCCGAAGCAUUACCAUCCAGUGGUGUAAAGUUUUUUAGCAAUUGCAGCAUAGAAGAAUUUAAAAAGAUCGUCUCACAGCCUGAAUUUGAAUGUCUUCAGAGUGCAAAAGUUCCCAAAGUGGCUCAGCAAAGUGCUGCUCUUUGUGGUAAUGCUAUUUUGGAGCCACCAGAAGAAUGUGACUGUGGCGUGGAGGAGGGAUGUACUCAUAAAAAAUGCUGUUAUCCUAACAAUUGUACUCUAAUUGGACUUGCAGACUGUGGCUCUGGAACUUGUUGUGAUACAAAAACUUGUACAAUAAGGAAAAGAGGAAGUGUAUGUAGAAAAAGCAAAGAUUUUUGUGAUUUUCCAGAGUACUGCAAUGGAACAUCUGAGUUUUGUGCAGCUGAUGUGAGAUCUGCUGAUUUAGAACCAUGCAAUAAUAGGACUGCCUUUUGCUUUGAAGGACUAUGCCGAGAUCCAGACAGACAGUGUGUAGAGUUAUUUGGAAAAUUUGCUAAGGGUCCUUCCUACCUGUGUUCACAGGAAGUGAAUUAUCAAGGUGACAAAUUUGGAAACUGUUAUGGAACCAAUUGCGAUUUCAACUAUAUAUUUUGUGGAAAAAUAGUUUGUCACUGGACACAUUCAAGCGUACUACCAAUGACAUAUUAUGAUUACCAGUACACUUACCUUGGAGGACACGUGUGUUUGUCUGCACAUUUAAGAGAUUACACGAGAAAGGAUACUACCUAUGUAGAUAAUGGUACUAUUUGCGGUCCAGAAAAGUUUUGUUACAAAGGAGUUUGCACUAUUGUCAGGACCUUUCCAGCUAGACCAGCUUGCAACUCAACAAAGAAAUGUCAGGGUCAUGGGGUUUGCAAUAAUCUUCUCAAUUGUCACUGUGAUAAAGGCUAUGCUCCUCCGAAUUGUGAAGAAAUGCAGUUGUCACCAGGAGGAAGUAUCGAUGAUGGGUAUUGGCUUCCUUCAGACAAAGGUAUGCCCUUGUAUUUAAAUCAACGUGUUCGUCAUAAAAAAAAUGGCCUUUUGAUCAGUUUCUACGUUUUUCUACCUGUCCUCACUUUAACUGCCAUCCUUGUUAUUAAAUGGGAUGAUAUAAAAGGAGUUUGGAACACAGUGAGAACAACGAGCAAUAGUACUAUAUCAGAAGACAGCAGUAACCACAGCAACCAGUCAUAGAGUAACUGUGUAAUAUAAGGCCAUAUAUUGGAGAAAGGAUAUUACCAAGAGGCUCACCAUUAACUGGUCUGAUCCAAGAAUUAAGAAAAACCUGUUCUCCUCUGUUGUCAUCAUGGCUUAAACUUUUCAAUUUUACAAAACAAAAUAAAUCCUAUGAC